ACGCCAAAAUAGGAACAAUAUAUGCUUUCUCUAUCGUUCUCUAUGGGUGGGAGCUUUCCAAACUUUUUUUUAUUUUUUAUAUCUCCCUGUCAUCACAUGAACAUUGAAGAAGUGACUGGUUGCGACUUCAACUGUUUGUUGUUGUAGCUUUCAUUUAUAACCACAUUUUCAUAGAAUUUGUCCUACAUAAUGCGUUCCCUUGGACUGUGUAGUUUGAUGUUGCAUGUGAUCGUUGUUUGUUCCACGGAAUUGACGUUUGAGUUACCUGAUAACGACAAGCAAUGUUUCUAUGAAGAGCUUCAGAAUGGAGUGAAGUUUGACCUAGACUUUCAAGUGAUUGCAGGAGGGAACUAUGAUGUGGACUGCUUUGUAACAGAUCCAGUGAAUAACGUCCUGUAUCAGGAGAGGAAGAAGCAGUACGAUAGCUUCUCUCACACCACCACUAUGAAAGGAACCUACAAGGUCUGCUUCAGCAAUGAGUUCUCUACCUUCUCCCACAAGACAGUCUACCUGGACUUCAGGUCUGGAGAGGAGAGACCCCUACUGCCUGACAUGAACAGAGACACAGCCCUAACACAGAUGGAGUCGGCCUGUCUGUCCAUCCAUGAGAUCCUGAAGGUAGUGUCUGACUCUCAGACCUGGUAUCGGUUACGGGAGGCUCAUGACCGCAUCAGAGCAGAGGACCUCCAUGAGCGUGUGUCCUAUUGGUCGAUAGGAGAAACUAUAAUCCUUUUCACUGUCAGCAUUGGACAGGUUCUCAUUCUCAGGAGCUUCUUCAGCGACAAGAAGGGCAGUGUUUCAGCCAACACAUAGAUCCCACCAUUAUUAUAUAUAUAUGAUACAUUGUAUAAUACUGGGUUAGUGUUGCAGCCAACACAUAGAUCCCACCAUUAUUAUAUAUAUGAUACAUUCUAUAAUACUGGGUUAGUGUUGCAGCCAACACAAGAUAUUGUAUUAUAGGUCAUCUGCAACUAGACUGUAACCUACCUUCAUACCCCACAACAAACUGUAGUCCUAUACAGUUAUAUUAAAGGACUUCAGGAACUAUUAAAUCUGUCUGCUAUUAAGACUCUAGCUUGUGGACUCUAGCCUCUGAAAAUGAAAUACUGUGGUUGCAACAGCUGUUUAGUGAUUUCAAUCAAAGUAGGUUAGCAACCUAACACACCUGUGGUACACCAAGCAUUUAUUUCUUUUUGUCUCAGUGUACAUCAUUCAUUUGUGCUAUGACAUUAAUUUAUUGUGUGUAAAACGUUUUGUUGGUCUGUCUCGCCCUCUCUUGUACACAGUCACACACACCAUAACCCCACAAUUUGAUUUCCAUUUCAAAUCCUAUUUUCCCUUUCCUUAACCCCAACCCCUAAGCUUAAAAUAGCCUUUGUCCUUGAAUUUUCCUUGUUUUACUAUCCUUGUGAGGACUUUUGGCAAUUCCUAGUCCACUUGAAGAUAAGGGCGUGUCUUGACUAUCAUUAAAGUCAAUAAUGUUAUAUUA